CUUUGGUAAAGGGUGAAGCUAAAGGGUACACACACUCUUGUUCCAGAGGCCCCUGUUUAAGGUCCUAGGUGGAGGACUGCGCAAGCCUGGAGUUGAUUUGUUUGGGACAGGAGGAAAAGGCCUUCAGCGUUGUCUGAUUCGGGUGGUGAAAGAAGCUAAGGUAGCCUGUGACGCAAAAAUUGUGAACUUUGGUGCCUACAAGCGAUCAAUGUGACAGAAAGGGCCACUCUCUGCCCCCUCCCCACCCCCCACGGGAAAGCAGCCUGUUAGGCCCUUGAACAGUGCGGUUUGUAGAGGUAGCAGCUUGCAGAAGUACAGACCAACACGUGGAUCCUUUACAAGGUUGCUGGAGAAGAGAUGUCUCCGGAGAAGGGUCCGAGGAGUUCCCAGAGAAAAGGGGAAACUCGACUCAGGACCAGUGGGGUUUGGGACAAACUUGAAGGAAAAGAAUUUCAGCACGUUCCAAAGGCAAAGGCAGAGGUUUAUUUAGGAAAGUAGACACAUAGUCAAGGGAGAAGUUGGGGUGGGGUGGGGGCAUUCUCAAAAGAGAGACACUUCUGGGUUUAGGGAAUACACACUCAAGGGAGAAUGUGUGCUAUCGUCAGAGGGAGAGACAGCAACCGGUUGGUGUGGGGUGUUAAUACCUACAGAGGGCGGGUGCCAGGGGCUGGAUUAGAGGCGCAGGUAGGAUGGAGCUACACAAUUUUGCACCAGUUUUAUCCUUUGCUCGCAUAUUUCCCUCAUUUUAUAAAGUCAGGGGCCAAGGGCAAGUUGCUCAAGCUCAAAAUUUACAACUGUGCUUUCUGCAUCUCAGUGGCUUGUGGGAGGUUCCUUUCUUUAUCCUAAAUCCCUAUCUCAUUAUCAUUAUGGCCUUCCCUCUGCUGGGGCGCACGGAGCGGCUCUCGGGGUGGACAGGGCGCACUGGGACCACUUGGGGAGGUCUGAGCCGUCACAGAGUGAGCUCCAACACAACUUGUAUUAGAUAAGGGCACAGACGAGCUCUCUUUAAGGCCGUAGUACACCGGUUAGCGCUAAGCAGUCUCCCGCCGAGCGGUGCACGCCUGCGCACUAGAGGCCGGCCCCCGCGCAGGAGGAACGUACCAAGCGCCGGGCCGGGGGUGCGCGCGGAGACCCUCGCGGGUGGCGGUUCAGGGAAGCAGCCCCUGCGGGCUCCGGAAUCUGGAGUCCCCCGGUCUCUGCCCGCCGGUCGACGCGUCCUGGGGACUCCCGCCCUCGGCGCCGGGAGGAGCGCGGCAGCGGCUUGGCCUGCGCGUCUCUGCGGGCGCACAGACCCAGCCCUGGCACCUGGCCCCAGAAUCAUUUUGGUUCACGGUUGGCUCCCACCAGCAUCAGCCUCAUUGCCAUCCUGAGGUGCUCCAGUGGAAGAAUGGGGUGGCAUUAACCUUGUACCAGUGAUUGCCUGUGAUCCCACAUCUACCCAUCGGGCUGUCAGGGAUUUAAGAUCCUGAAUCUAUAGCCCAAGUGAUACAGCCUACAGACUGCUUCUGGAGGUUUGAACUAAGUGGGUUGCAGUCUUCGGUCAGUAAGAGCCGAGGGACCUGCAUGCCCUCUGGGCAUUUAUCAAAAACAGGCCAACCAGCACAGGCCCAAGGAGAAUUGAGGGUGCCGUCUUGGGGGAGAGCAGCCAGCUGACCCAGUGGCAUCACGUCCCUGUGACAACCUAUCAAGGCCCAGACCAUCCAGACCAUCCAAGCCAGUUCGUCCCAUGGAACCUCCAGGUGAGAAGCCAGGAGAGGCUGAGGGGCCGCGCAUCACACCCCAGCUACUGAAGUCGUGCUCGGGCGAGUUUGCUCUGGAGUCCAUCCUCCUGCUGAAGCUGCGAGACUUGGGGCUGGUGGACCUGGGCUGCCUCGGGGAGUGCCUGGGCCUCGAGUGGCUGGACCUUUCGGGCAACGCGCUCACCCAGCUGGGCCCUCUGGCCUCCCUGCGCCAGCUGGCUGUGCUCAAUGUCUCCAACAAUCGGUUGACGGGGCUGGAGCCACUGGCCGCUUGCGAGAACUUGCAGAGUCUCAAUGCCGCAGGCAACCUGCUGGCCACUCCUGGCCAGCUGCAGUGUCUGGCUGGGCUGCGGGGCCUCGAGUACCUGCGGCUCCGCGACCCUUUGGCACGGCUCAGCAAUCCUCUGUGUGCCAGCCCCUCCUACUGGGCUGUGGUCAGAGAGCUGCUGCCUGGCCUGAAGGUCAUCGAUGGGGAGCGUGUGAGUGGGCGUGGCAGUGAGCUCUACCAGCUGUGCCGGGACCUGGAGAGCUCCCUGCGCCCCAGCUCCAGCCCCAGCCCCAGAGCCUCAGAGGCCCAGCCCUGGGUGGAGCCUGGGUACUGGGAGUGCUGGCCCACCCAGAGCAGCUCCAUCCUGGAGGAGGCCUGCCGGCAAUUCCAGGACACACUGCAGGAGUGCCAUGACCUGGACCGCCGGGCCACCGAGAGCCUGGCCAGGGCCGAGCAGGCGCUAGGUCCUGCGGGCAACGCUUCUUCCUUCGUUUUCUGAAAGUGCCCCUGGACCACCCCAGGACAGCCUGGUGGGCGGCCCUCUGCUCCCCCUCCUCCCCUGCCUCUGCUUUGUCUUAGGUUUCUCAUGCUGGUCACUGGCCUUAGGAACUGGGCCUUCAUUUAUUCCUAUCCCAAGCACUGCCCACCCUGUCACGAAGACGUCCCUGCCCUCCCUUCACAUAGAGCAAGGAGGGACAGCCUCCUGAGUGGCCGCUGGCGGGUGCAAGGGCUCUCUGCCAGCAGUUGGCACCUACACUGUGCACCAAGCAAGGGGCCACUCCUGGUUGCGCCGGUCUGAGAUUUAGUGGACGGGUCACUUCUUCCCAAGGCUAUCUGUGAGAAAGGCAGGGGUGAGCGAACCAACCAUCCCAAGCAGAGCAGAGUGCCAGAACAUUCCUGAAAGCUGGAGCCCACCCACCCUCUGAAUCUGCCUAUCCAGAUGACUGUCCUCUGUGGCCCCUGGCCUGUGCUCUCCGUAAGUCUUCCCCCUUUCUCACACACCAACUCUAUUAAAUGGCUGUGUUCAUUUGCAUCAUUAAGUCUGGUCCUCUCGUCCUGCACAAAAGCUGCCCUGCCACCUGUUCCUAGGUGUCCAGCGGGAGGGGCCAGUGUGCUUGUGUACACACACUCCCAGCUUGCCCUCUUUCGACUGGCCUCCUACGGUUGAGCUGAGGGCAGGGGCAACACAAGGAGCAGAGGGAACAGGGUCUGAGAGCAGUUUUAUUAGCUCAGGAUAUGAAUGGAUCUUUGGCCUGAGAGGGAGGGCCUUCCACAAGGCACCCUGCUCAGCUGUGCAGGAAGUGGGACAAAAUUCUACAAAGAACGCACUGAGCUGUGGGUAGGGAGUCCCAGCUUGCCUGCGGCUCUAACCCAUCCCUCCCUCCCCCACAGUCCACCGCAGCCUUCUCCAGCCCCGGCUGCCUACCAGUGCAGGGCUCAGCUGCCGGGCAGCACCUUCAGGAAGGCAAAUUGUCCAGGGAAGUAGUAGCUGUGGGGGUCCUCGCCAGCCCGCUCCACCCUGCUGCACUGCGUCUCCUGGUGUUCCUGGGGCUCCUGCUGGCGCCAACAGCUAUUCAGGCAGUGCCAGCAGUACUGGCAGCACUUCCGCAUCCCCUAGGAAACGCCUGGACCACGCCCAGAGUCCCUUCUUGCCCCCAUUUCCCUCUGCCCCUCCUCCCCGCAUCCAAACGUCCUCCACCUCUCCCCUGACCCAGCCCCAGCCCAUCUUUCCACCCGCUUCAGAACCUCUCCCCUUCUUACCCAUCGUCCUUGCUGUAUGGGGCAGUGGACCAUCCGGCCCAGAACUUUAUCUUCGGAGUCCAGUUUGAUGCAGGCCAGGCAUUUUCGCUUCCUCUGGGGAAGCAUGGAGGGAAGAAAGAAAAAGGGUGAGGCAUGGGCACCAGGAGGGCAGGGGCGAGCUCCCCGUCAGGUCCCAGAGUGGGGGGCAAUCAGUCAUGCUGGCUUCAGUCCCAGGAGACUUUAAGAAGUCAGUCAGUUCCACUUUCCUUCUUCACUGGAGAUGGAACCCAGGGGUGCUUUACCACCAAGUCACAGUCCCAGUCCUUUUUAUUCUUUAUUUUGAGACAGGGGCUCACUGAGUUGCUGAUGGUCUUGCUAAAUUGCUGAGGCUGACCUUGAUUUGGGAUCCUCCUGCCAUAACCUCUGAGUUGUUGGAAUUUCCCACAGCUUUCAAAUUAUGGAAACUUGGCAUAUGUGCAAACAGGAAUCCUUCGGAGAUGUGUGUGUGUGUGUGUGCAUAUGUGCAUACAUGCAAAUACAUGUGCAGUUAUAUGCAUGGGUGUGUGGCAUGUGCAUGAGCGUGGGUCUAAUUGUGUGUGCGUGUGUGCACACCCGCACGUGUGCAUGCGAAGGCAACAAUCCUCACCAGAUUGGUUCUUGCCAGUUGACUUUCACCAGACCACUUUGCUCUUGUAUAUUCUGUUUAUUUAGAUUUUCUUUUUAAAUUGGAUUUGAACAAAAAAGUUCCCUGAACCAAAAGGUUUGAAAAUCACUGAUAUAAUCUAGUCCCCUCCCUUAGCAGAUGGAGGGAACCCAUACAGAACCAUACAGCCCAGGGUUGGUGUUCCCAGACAGGAGCCAGAACCAGAUGACUGCAUCCCCUAUGCCAACAGCAGCGGCUCUGCCCCAAGGUGACUGAUUACUGUGAAACCCUGCUAGGAAUCCACCAUGGUGCCAGGCAGACCCUACACAGGGUCCUACGAAUGGCCUGAAGCCUGAGAGACUCAGCGUGAGUGCUGAUGAGGAGAUCCUUCCCUCUCCAACCACCCCUCCUUUCCCUGCCUAUGGACACUUGGCCCCGCACAGCCUGGAGCACACACUGAGCCUGUGCUCUCCAGGAAGGCUCAGCCCUCAGGGCUUACAGUGGACCUCCCAGUUCCACACACCACACAGGUGCGACGUGUGCACACCACACAGGUGUGACGUGUGCCCCAGCGCACACAAACACGGAUCUGCACUCACCCCAGCGGGCUUGACCUUGCACUCAGGUUUCUUCCAGUCUUUCUUCCUGCAGUUUGUCUGCUGGAGCUUAAAUUCCAACCUCACAAAGGUGCCUGCUGGGAAGGGCUGUGGACAGACAGGAAGGCCAGCAGGCAGCUGAGCGGGCGAAGAGACUACUGAAUGUGACCUGGGCUGGUGUUCUUUCUCAGGAAAGCUCCCUGGGAAUGUGCUGGUCCCCGAGUGCAGCCCUCCACCUCCCUGCCAGAGCAAGGCCGUGCCACUAACCGUGUCCACAGCGCUGUCCACACUGGUCUUCUGGAAGGCCCAUUGCACCGGUGGGUGCUUGUGGAACUCCUCCAGGGCCACUUGUAGGGCUCUGUGCUGCACCCCUGUGAGCUCGGCCCUGCCCAUGCCCACUGAGCCCAACCACAGGGCCAGCAGGAUAGGAAGCUGCCACAUGGCUUCACCUCAGUUGCCCUGGCCCUGGAAAGAGGGUGUGUGGUCUUCAGCUCUUGCAGCCAGACAGGGCUCCUCCAACCCUGCCCUGCUCCUCAGUUAUGCCUGGAAAACUCUGGGAAGACGUGGCCGUGCGGGGAAAUGGCCCUUUCCCAGAGUGGCCCUUGGGUCCACCUGGUCCCGCCCACCAGGCCGGGCACCUUUCUCUGGGGCCUGUAAAGUUUUAGCAGAGUUCCCCGGCCAACCGCCUGGGAAGCAGUCCUGUUGCCCUCGGCUCCCUUCCUCCAUGCCCUCUCCUCCCCGCUGCCCGGGGCACCUCGCGGCUCCUGGGACCCAGGCUUUUCCCGCCGGACCCCUCCUCCCGUUCGCAGCCAGGAAUCCCCCGGCUCCCAAAGGUCCCCGCCCCGCAUCCCAGGCCCAGGCCAGCAGCGGGGGAGGGGCAGGGACUGGGGCACCAAACCCAGCCCCGCCAGAGGCUGAAUACUUUUGGGAGAACGUAAACACGUGGGAGGGUCCAGGGCGGGCGGCAACUCGGGAUGCUUAACCCUCCCGGCACUGGGGCUGGCGCUGCCCACCGCCCCACUCCUGUCCCCGGAAAUGGGGUUCCCACCUCCGCCUGCCCUGGGCUUUCCUGCUGCUGGCGGAUUCUGCCCGCUUUGCCCCUUUCCUGGGGUCUUCUCUAAGCCCUCCCUCCCAGCCCUUCUGAUCCCGCCCUCAACCCCUGCCUGGGGCCACCAGAGGGGUGACCCUCGGGGGAACCCUGCCUGGACAGGCGGUCUGCGGCCAGAAAGCCACAGAUGCGGAAACUGAGGGCUGAGGCCUGUCGCUUACACCCUGCGCCCACUCUCCGCUCGUCCAGCUGCCUCCCGCGGCGGCUCGCCCCUCCUCACCUCCUCGACGCCCUCGGGUCUCUGCCAACCUUCCGCGGCUCAGACCUGGCGCACCGUCAGCCUCUUCCCGGCUUCUGCCCCCAGCUCCUCCUCGCCGCCGCCUCCCGCAGCCCCACCUCCAGGCCCCGCUCCUCCCCAGAGCGCCCUCCCCCUCGGCCAGCCCCCUGACCCUGACCCUGACCCUGGCCGCGCUGGCUGCUCAUCCCGCCAGCUGGGCGGUUGAGCGCUUGGGGCCAAGCAGUCCCCAGUCCCACCUCUCCCUGGCUGAGGAGUCCGAGCUUUCCAGGUCUCUUCCCCGCUGACCGAGGACUGCCCUGCUCCCCCAGGGGCUUCCUGUGCCCACUCACCUGCCCAGGUAGGGCUGCCCAUUCCGGAAGGAGGAAAUAUUCCCAGAAAUACAGACACCCUCAAAGCACACGAAAGUGUGAGGAGUCCCCCUGCUACAGCUCCUCUGAGAAGGAAAUUUCUCCCAUAGGGCUGACCCUGGUGUCCAGUCUCCUGUCUGCACGCUGAGUGCUGUCUUCCCUGGCCUUAUGUCCCAUCCUUGUGGGUGGAGACUCAGUCUCCUAGGGGUGCUGGGAGACUUCAGGUGUGCAGGAUGGCCUGGUGGAAUUCAUAAGGCAGUGAAGAGUCUGGGAGCUCAGUGUCCAAACCACUUAAUUCCUGGGUACCUCAGGCGAAGGGGACAAGUUGUGAGGCUUCAUAUCAGUAGCAACCACCUGCGUUGAUCUAACCCAAGUCCUAAGCCAGUCACCACAGAGGACCUCACAGCAUCCAAAAGCCUCUGAAAGCUGGGGUCAUAAAUCCCAUCCUAAGCCACUGUUUGGGGGGAUUAAAUGGGAGACCCAUGGAAAGGGCACAAGGUUUUCUUUCCCUCCCUGUACACCUGCUGUUCUCCACAUAGAGUAGAGGGCUUCCAUGGCUUCCAUGUGCCCUGAGGGCACCAGAUAGUCCCUGGGCCCCAAAGAACCAGUUACUGGUGCCUCAAAACCCACCAUUGGCAUUUCAUUCCUCAACUAUUAUGAAGCAGAAAUAAGAGAUGGCAACUUUGUUCUUUGAAAGAGCAAAAAUCUGAGAGAAAUAAAAUCAUUUGAGGCACAAGGAGUGUGAGACAGGCACCUCAAAGAGAGAGCAGUCCUAAAAAUGGGUCACAGGUACAGACUAGGACUACCAGGGCGCAUUCGGGGACACGGCUCCAGGUGGUAUGUCCCGUCCAGGGGCAGCACCAGGACUGACCUGUGUAAUGACGGUUAAUGAUUUUCCUGGGCUUCAUGUGAAAAAAGUACUGCAGAUUCUCACACCAGGGGCUGGGGACAUAACUCAAUAGUAAAGAGCAUGUGGAACACCCUGGGUUCAACCCACAACGCUGCCAAAAUUAAAUAAAUAAAUAAAUGAAAAAUAUCGGUAAAGAUUUACAUAUUUAAGUUAUUCUGAAUUUAGUUUUCCAAUAACUGGACAUUUUCCUUUAAUAUUUGUAACUACAGGCUGGGUAUGGUGGCAUGUGCCUGCAAUCCCGCAACUCAGGAGGCUGAGGCAGAAGUGAAAGCUGGAGGCCAGCCUCAGCAAUUUAGUGAGACCCUGUCUCAAAAGUGAAAGGACUGGGAUGUAGCUUAGUGUAAAGAGACCCCGGUUCAUUUUGCAGUACGAAAAAUAAAUAAAAAAUAAAAAUUGCAACUACUCUGACAGACUAGUUUAUCUUUUGUAAAGAAGAACUGAUUUGACUUUGAAGUAAAAGUACAUCUAACAGUUUUUAAAACUAUACCUGUCAACUCAAUAUAAUUAACAUAAAUGAAAAACAGUAUCACAUAAAUUCAAAUGUAACUCUCGAUUUAGCAAUACCAAAAAAAAGUAUUCUUCACAUUUCACUUUUAAUUUUACAGCCAAUCAACAUUGUGCUAACUACUGUGAUUAACAUAUCUAUCUGGGCCUGGUGGUGCACGCCUAUAAUCCCAGCAGCUCAGGAGGCUGAGGCAGGAGGAUCACCAAUUCAAAGCCAGCCUCAGAAACUUAG